AUGGUCGAGGACAGUUUUGGCCGAGUGAAGCCACGUCCGGGUCGCAACGUCCACGCCGGAUACUCCAAUGACGACGAUGAGCCACCACCCUUGGUCCCCGGCAGUGGAUUCGGCACCUUCGGCGGCCUUGGCGGAAUCCGUGGCUUUAGCACUCUUGGCAGUCUCGGGAGCAGGGGACUCAUUGCACACAAGGCACAGGCUGCAACCAGCAGCGAUGAGGAGUUAGAGGAGGAUCCAGCGAUCAGUUACGACGAAGUCACAAGUUUGCAGCAAGAGCUUCGAGAUAGAUUCGCAAACCCCAAAUUCCAGGCAAGGCUGAAGGAGGUGGAGCGAAAUUCUGAUGGCCCCGGAGAGCUCGCCCGCAGAAGACAAGAACUCAUGCUAGAGGUGCAAAGUCUCGUGCUGCCGAAGUAUGGUUUCGAGGGCUCCCGCGCGGGAGUGUACAAGAUGAUGGCAGCCAUGGGACCUUACGUGGAGCGGCCGGAGUUCACUGAACUAGCAGAAGAAAUCAACGGCCAUGGGCUCAGAUGUGGCAG